GAAAACACCAAAAAGGUAAUCCAAUACUUUGCCCAUGUCGCCGCUAGUGCACAUAAAGAUAAGGCCGAGGAAGAAGAAGAGAAGAAGAAGGAGAAAAAGGGAUCCUUAGAAGAUCAAAUUGUACAAGCCAACCCCGUCAUGGAAGCCUACGGUAACGCCAAGACAACCCGUAACAACAACUCUUCCAGAUUCGGUAAAUUUAUCCGUAUCCAUUUUGGUACCCAAGGUAAAAUCUCUGGAGCUGAUAUUGAACAAUAUUUGUUGGAGAAAUCUCGAGUAACCUUCCAACAGCCAGCUGAGAGAAACUACCACAUUUUCUACCAGUUGUUGUCGAACGCCAUCCCCGAAAUCGUGGAGAAGUUGUUGGCCAAGCCCGAUCCUGCCCUGUAUCACUUUGUGAAUCAAGGAUGCAUCACUGUUGAUGGCAUUGAUGAUAAUCAAGAAAUGAAGGAUACCGACGUCGCCUUUGAUGUAUUGGGUUUCACUCAAGAAGAAAAGAUGAGUAUGUUCAAAUGUACUGGUGCUGUCGUCCAUUUUGGUGAAAUGAAAUUUAAACAGAGAGGUGAACAGGCUGAAACUGACGGAAAUGCUGGUAGGUUAAUAUGA